AUGGACGCGGUGACGGUGCUAGAGAUGCAGGUGGACGCGUUCAAGAAGCGCGUCAAGGCAGCACGGAAGCUCGCGAAGCAGGAGCUCAAGACGGCUCCGAUGCCCUUAGUACGGAGGGCACUGAAUCUCUACAAAAGCUACUACCUAGAUGUCGGGGACAAUCUCGGCGCCUGCAAGCGCGCCAUCAGCUUUAGGGACGCCGUCACCAUCCGUGCCACGAUGAGCAUGGCGGCACAGGACAUGCAGAAUUGCGACGAGGAGUUCAGGAAGGCCGGCUCCAAGAACCCCAUGGAGGACCACAAAAGGUCACUCAUCGAGAUGUCCGAGAUCUACCGCACGCUCUCCAACAUGGUCCCUUACGAACAUUCCCAUUGA